AUGUCCAACGCUUCUCGACAGUACGAGCUGGUGCUCCUCGGAGCCACGGGCUACACCGGCAAGCUCACCGCCGAGCACAUCACCACCAGCCUGCCCACUGAUCUGAAGUGGGCAAUUGCUGGACGCAACGAGAAGAAGCUCGCCAAUGUGGCCGAAGGCUUGAAGAAACUGAACUCCGACAGGCCUCAACCUGAUAUCAAGGUGCUUGAGCUGAAGGGCGAGGAGCUUGACAAUCUUGUGCAGAGCACUCGUCUCGUCAUCAGCACUGUCGGCCCGUUCAUGAAGUAUGGUACCCCGGUAGUUGAGGCAUGUGCUAAGCAUGGCACCCACUAUCUCGACUGCACGGGCGAGGUUCCCUGGGUUCUCGAAAUGAUUAACAAGUAUCACGACGUGGCAAAGGCCAACGGAGCAAUCAUGAUCCCGCAGUCCGGCGUGGACAGUGUUCCGGCCGACCUGAUCGCCUACGUCGCGGCCACGCACAUCCGCCAGACUUUGGGCCUGGGCACAGCUGAGGUUCUGGAUGCUGCCGAGCUGAAUGCCAAACCCUCGGGCGGCACGCUUCUGACCGGCUUGUCUCUGUUCGACCACUACAGCUUGGCGCAGAUUGGGAAGGCCUUGUCGCCUUUUGCCCUCUCACCCGUCCAGCCUCAGUCACGCACAUCCCCCGGGGGUCUUGUAUCCAAGAUUUUGGGCGUGCGCCAGGACAAGGACCUUGGGUACCUUACCGAUUGGGUCGGAGCCAAGGUUGAUGGUGCCAUUGUGGAGCGCAGCUGGGGCUUGCUGGACGGCGGCAAACUCUAUGGCCCCAAGUUCUCAUUCAGCGAGCACAUGCCCACCAAGAGCGCUCUGAGUGGCGCUCUGGUACAUUUUGGCAUGGUGUUCAGCAUGAUGUUCCUCGCGAUCCCCCCUGUCAGAUGGAUUGCGAAGAAGCUUAUCUAUCAACCUGGCGAUGGCCCAGAGAUGGAAUCGACCAAGAACGACUACCUGUAUCACAAGGCGAUAGCCACCGCAGACAGUUCCAAGGGGGAGCGUGCUGUCGUCGAGUUCAGGUUCAAUGGCUCGAUGUAUUACUUUACCGGUCUGGCGCUUGCCGAAGCAGCCAUGGUGAUUCUGCGCGGAGGCGAGACAGAGGCGAAGAAGCUCGGCGGAGGCAUCCUGACGCCCGCCACGCUGGGCGGCGAGUAUGUGGAAAGGCUCAGGAAAGCCAACACGGAGAUCCGCGUCCAGUUGCAGUAG